UGUUUCGAAAUUGUCCUCAGACAGUUUUUUUAUUUUUUUACAGUGAAACUGGUAUUAUAAAGUAUAACUAUGUCGGACGAAAAUGGCACAACUACUAUGAGCAGAUUUGUUGGAUACACCCUGCUAAUCCUGGCGAUCUGUCUGCUGGUCGCCCUUCCGCAAUGGAUGGUGAUGUGCCUCUUUGCUAAUGAUGCCAUGGCAUACACCGUAACCUGCUUCUUCCUGUCCUUCGUGGUGCUCGCCUUUAUCCAUAUGAUUGAAAUGCUUAAAUACUCAAGGCCCUGGAACUACAUCGCGAUCGCCGUUUGCUACGAGCUUCUGACACUGGGUGCUGCCAGUUUUCUAAUGGAGUGGAAUCUAGUUUGUACCAUUAUUGUCUUGGCCGUGGGUCUUCUACUUCUUGUGGUUGUGCUGAUCAUAAGUGGCAUUUUAAUCUGGAGCGGAUUGUACCCGAACCCGUUCAAAAUGGCCGUCGUUGGUGUCAUGGGACUCGUGCUGGCAUUUUGUAUUGAGGUGAUGGAUAUUCUCUUGCACUGGUACUAUUGGCAGGAUGUAGCUAUUGGAGUUUUUAUAGCCAGUGCAGUUAUAAUAACCAUCUCCCACGUGCUGAUCACCUACAACAAUUUCGAAUCACUGGUCAGAGAUGAUGCUCUGCUUCUCGCAAUCGUGCUGUAUAUAACCUAUUUACUCUUUUUGGUCGGCGGUCGUGUGUCCGUCUUCUACAUAUCUGAAAAUGCCUAUCAGUUUGACUCCACGACCACCGAGAGCAAUGAAGAAGAUUACUCAGAUUGAUUGAUAAAGUGUAUGUUCCAAAGUAGCUUUCUUACGGAUUGUUACCUUUAAGUCAAGAAUAAAAUUAAAUUCGUAGUCUUAGUUAAAGAGACGCUUAAA